CCAUCGUUAAGCUACGCACACGCAUUCUAAAAACAAUCUUAAGAGAUUAAAUCAACAUGUCAAACAAUGCUUCUACAACUACGCCUACUAACCCGACCCGGGUUUUCACCAACGAAGACAUAGCAGAUUUUAAUGCCCAAUUCCACAAGCUAGUAGAUGAUUGCAAGCUUGCCAACGUCGUCACUCUCAUCGCUCAUCGGGGCAAAAUCGUGAACUGCGAUGCUUACGGCGUUCUCGAUGUCUCUGCAGCCCCGCCUAUUCCUGUCAGAACCGACAGCAUCUUCCGCAUCGCAUCAAUGACUAAACCCAUUACGUCCGCCGCUAUGAUGAUGCUCUGGGAAGAAGAUAAAUGGGCACUCGAUGAUCCAGUCUCCAAGUUCGUCCCAGAAUUUGAAGGGCUCAAGGUCAAGCGGGAGGAAGAUGGCGAGCUCGUCCCGCAAGAGACACAGAUGACGAUGAGACACUUGAUGAGCCAUUCUGCAGGGUUCGGAUCAAGAAGUGAAUACGCUGACUUGGAUCUGCGAGGCGGCACUCUCCAGGAUAUGAUUGACACACUGGCUGUGCGACCAUUGUCAUUUCAACCGGGCAAAGAAUGGCGGUAUGGGUAUAGUGUUGAUAUCCAGGGUUACAUCAUCCAAAAACUCACUGGUAAAUUCCUGGACGAGUUUCUCGAGGAACGACUAUUCGCCCCCUUGGGUAUGGUCGAUUCUGGCUUCUUUGCGCCUGCGGAAAAGGUAGAGCGUCUUGUGAGCAUCCACAAGUACAAUGAAAUCAAGGAACUCGUAGCCGUCGACCGCAAAGGUACAUACAACACAUCGAGACCCAAUUUCCUCGCCGGCGGAGGUGGUCUCAUGCUCUCCACAGUGACGGAUUUCUGGCGCUUCUCACAAAUGAUCCUCAACGGCGGCGAAUUUGAAGGCAGGCGCUAUCUCAAAGAAAGCACAGUCGAGCUGAUGCACACUCAAGCCCUUGAGGCUGGCGUGAAGAUGAAAAUGUUUCGUCGGCCCCUCGACGGUCUCGGGUUCGGACUUGGAUUUGCGAUCGUUCAAGAUUCAGUCGCGGCAAAAACUGCCAUGGAGGUUGGGAGCUACUUUUGGGCUGGGCUGUAUGGAACAUGGUUUUGGAUAGACCCUGGAAAGGAAUUGGUCGUCGUUGGGUUAAUUAACCAUGUCAUCGGCCUGCCUCCAAUCGAAGUGCCGUCGGUUCGUGAGCUUUCGGCCGAAUCAGUAUAUAGAAUCUUGAAUAGGGAGAGGUGA